CUUAUGUCUGACAGCGGUCGUCAUAUAUCUAUUUCAAAUCAGUUUUUUUUAUUCAAUAUAUAUUAGGGAACGUAGUCAUACCACUUAUACCCACAGGAUGUCUCAAGACAGUCUAGAACAAGCAGACUCAGAACAUACAGAUGUUGACUCUAACGAUAUUUCAUUCCACACCGAAGGAUCAUUGAUAUUUGCAGAAGAAAAAAAUCCUUUGGAUGAUUUGACUGAUCAACAGCUCAUAGAUCACAUAAAUGAAAUGGAAACAGAAAAUAAACACCUUGAGCUUGAGAACAGCUUAUUCCUAGGUACUCUGACGUGCUUUGCCUUGAAGACCUUGCUUGCUAAGUCCCUUACUGGCAAUAUAUUAUUAGGUUUUACGCUUCUUACGACUAGGUCACAGAUGUGCCAAACGAAUAUAAAACGGGAAGAAUAA